AUGUGCACUACGGAAAUGACAGAAUCGUACACGAUGUCGCCGUCGACGACGGUGUCUUCCAGCGCCACGACACCGGGUUGCCUGGGGUCGCCGGCGCACCGACGGACACCUUGCAGAGGCUCUCCCGGCCGAGGCGACGUUCAGGACGACGAGGACGAGAUCUCCGUGGGUUGUCCGAGUCCUUUGCCACUGGUGGUCGUGGCUCCCAGCGCGGAAGAGGACGAGAGACUGUCUCAGUCGAGGGAAGAGUACGCGGACAGACUGAGUCCGCGUAGGAGCUACGCCAGAGACUCGGUGAUCGACGACGAGGACAGUUAUUCUCGCAGUGGCGAUUACAGGAUGUCGAACGGCAGAGGGAUGCGUAGUACGCACGAGAGCAGCGGCGGCGACUCCGUGACCACGUUGAGGGACGAGGAAGAGGACGAGGAGGACGACGAGGAAGUGAACAGUAGGACUAGCAGUAACGGUGCCUCCGCAGCCGGUGCCGCGGACGAUUACUUCAAACCCCUGAAACGUCUGAAGAUGGUGCAGAUGCAGCACUCGGACGAGGAGGACGACAGGGACCGGGACACGAGCGAGCGCGGAGUGAAGUCCUUCAGUAUCCUGGACAUCCUGUCGCACAGACCCAAGGCGAAGAUCGUUCGUCCGUGGGACACGGUGGAGUCGAACCUCAACCAUCACCAUCACCACCAUCAUCAUCGCCACCAUCUCCAUCAGCAGCAGCAGCAGUCGCACCAUCAGCACCACUUGCAUCAUCAUCACAACCAUUCCACGGCGCCCAGGGAUCUGUCCCUGAUGGGUAUGUCACUGGCGUCGAUGUCUGGCUCCAUCAGCGAACCGCCUCUCAGCAGCUCGUCCUCGUCCGGCAGGAGCUCGGUCUCCGAUUCCGGAAGUCCCGACCCACUGGGACAUCACCAUCACGGUCUGCACCACGGCAUGCACCCUGGCUUGCACCACCCGGUGCUUCAGCAGCAGCAGCAGCAGCAGCAACAGCAGCAGCAGUUCAAGAGGAAAACGUCGCAGCAGCACGGAUCGCAGAGCGGGCAUCACGGGAAGAGGACCACCGGGCAGGGAAGUCCCUUGGACGCUUUGUUUCAGAUGACCAGCAAGACCUUCGACGCCGGCGAGCACAGUCAAGAGCAAGCGAACCACCUGAACCUGUUCAACAACCGACAACAGCCGAAGAAGAAGCGCAAGAGUCGAACGGCGUUCACGAAUCAGCAGAUCUUCGAGCUGGAGAAGCGGUUCCUGUACCAGAAGUACUUGAGCCCGGCAGACAGGGACGAGAUCGCGGCGCAGCUAGGCCUGAGCAACGCUCAGGUGAUCACGUGGUUCCAGAACAGGCGGGCGAAGCUGAAGAGGGACAUGGAGGAGCUGAAGAAGGACGUGCAGACGGUGAACCCGUUGCUGGUGGCGCAGCAUCACAAGACUUUCCUGGAGAACGUCCAGGACCUCGGGAUCCUGAAGAAGCGACCUCUGCCUAGCAGCAUGGACGAAAAGUCGUAG